CUCAACGAUUUUCAAACGAAGCGCUUUGAUUUUGUCUAUUAUCCCUAUUUUCUUCAAAAACCAACAACUACUUUAUUAGUCUCUGUACUCUGUCCCGAGUGGUUCGUUGCGAGACGGCCAGUUGUUGCUGCCUUUACCAUCAGCGCCAAUCAGUGUAAACAUCAAUCAGAAUGGAUACACCAUCAACAUCUACCUCAAAAGAAUCUGCUCCUGCUCAUUCUAAGAGGAAUCGUGUCCAAUUGAGUUGUACACCAUGCCGACAUGCCAAACUUAAAUGCGAUCGAGCUCAACCAUGCAGCCAAUGUCAAAAGAAGGAUAGGGUAGGAUCAUGUUCAUAUCCCACGCCCUUACCAAGAAAGAAAGCCGCGAUGACAAUGCACAAAAGAUUGAAGCACCUGGAGAGCUUGGUUAAGGACGUUAUGAAUUCUCAACAAGUAGCUGGGCCCAAUACUCCUCCACGUGAUGGCCCGGAGCCCGGAAACCUUGUUGCCAGAGCGGAGGCUCUUGAGAUUUCAUCGGAAGAUCAGAGAUUGGAUACGGCUGAUAUUUCUCCCUCUGAUUUGAAUAUGUCACCAAAAACUCAACAGACAAUACCGCCUUCAGGGCAGGUUGUAGUUGGCGGGAAGGAAACGCAAUAUGUUGGCGCUACUCACUGGGCUUCAAUUCUUGAUGACAUAGGAGAAGUUAAAGAAUAUUUUGAUCAAGGAGAAGACGAUGAUAUUGAAGAAGAGACCAUGCCUGAACCAGGUCUACUUUUCAAUACAGAUGCACCACCAUCUAAAGCCAAAUUGUUGGCAGCUCUACCUUCCCGUAGAGUCGUUGAUAAGACUGUUCAAAUUUAUUUUAAUGGGUCCACUCCUUCAUUGCGUAUUCUGCAUGCUCCGACUUUUCAAAAAGAGUAUUCGAAAUUUUGGGCCAAUCCGCAUGACACUCCUAUCUGCUGGCUGGGCUUAUUAUAUGGCAUCAUGUGUCUAUCUUUAUUCUCCAGUUAUGCGGCAGGCGAAGAACAUCCAGAUGGGCGUGCUUCUCAAAUGCAAACGAUACGAACAUAUCGACGCAACUGUAUCCAAUGCAUCCGCCUUUCGGAUUACACAAAACCAGGAAAGUAUACAAUCGAAGCAAUGCUUGCUCAUUUGGAAGGAGAAUUUGUUCUCAGCGAUGCUGAUCAGGUGAAUUGCUAUGUAGUUCUUGGUGUUGCUGUCCGGUUAGCCUUAAGAAUGGGACUCCAUCGAGAUCCCGAUAGAGUUGGUGGUCAAAUUACUCCGUUCCAAGGGGAAAUGCGUAGGCGACUUUGGGCCAUUUUGAGACAAAUAGAUUUACUGGGUUCCUUUCAUAUUGGAUUGCCUAGUAUGGUUGAAUCCAUUGAUAGCGAUGUUCAAUUGCCCCGAAAUUUGAACGACACAGAUUUCGAUGAAGAUUGUACAGAGCUUCCACCCCCUCGACCUGACUCAGAAAUAACGUCAGUGUCAUAUGUCCGGUUUAAGAACAAAAUAUGUCAGGUUUUCGGGAAAAUUGCAGCAUAUGCGAACUCAUUAUCCAAGCCUUCUUACGAUGAGAUUAUGGAAUUAGAUGCUCAAUUGGAUGUGGUACAAGCGGCCGUACCGCCAUCGUUUCGAUUUCAGCCGAUAGACAGUUGUGUCGCUGAUCCAGCACAGUUGAUUAUUCAGAGACUGAAUGUCGCUCAUCUCUUAUGCAAAAGUCGAUGUGUUUUACACCGUAAGUAUCUUGUAGGCAAUCACGAUCAUCCUGAGCGAGAGUAUUCCGUUAAGGUCGGUAUCAACGCCGCACUACAACUUCUCAAUUUUCAAAAACAGACUUACGAAGCUACACAACCAGGAGGGAUCUUAGCCCGAGAUAGAUGUUUCCCAUCUUCAUUAACGAUGCAUGAUUUCCUACUCGCGGCAAUGAUCGUGUACGUGAGGACGAUGAAGAUAUUGGAAGAAGAAAUUAAAGGCAAACAUCAGAACAUCUCUUGUCAAAAACAAAAAGUGGAAAUGAUUUCUGCUCUCAAGAUGUCAUCGGAUGUAUGGCGGGCCACACAACUGAAAUAUCCGGAGGUUAAACGGGCAGCGGAUGUGCUGGCGGUGAUGAUGAGAAAACUUGAUGCGGCUUACGUGGCACUUGGGAAGUCACAAAUGUCUUGGAGUAUGGAUUUAAGCACAAAUGAUACUGACUCGAUGGCUGGUUUGUCUUUGCAAGAUGAAUUCACAAUGAACCAAGCCACUACAAGCCCACCAGGAGCAUUUACAUGGCCUAUGACUUCCCCCGCUUCCGCUUCAAAUUCCUCCUACAUGAAUUCAGAUAACACCCAAUCCAUUCAUUCUCAAGCAAAUCUUCUCAAUGAGUCCGCACCGUUUGAUUAUCUGAUGGAUAUCCCUACCGACUUUGACUGGAACUUGUUUGAUAAUCAUAUAAGGGCAGAUGCUAAUCAGUCACCAACGAAUGGUCAGCAUCUUCCGGACAUAAAUCUUGGGGUGGAGGGGAUGAAUGAUUUUGAAUUUGGGUUUGUUUAAGAGGAUUGUGAG